AAUUUUUUAAGCAAUUCUCGCUCCUUCAUUCCUCAUUCCUAAACCACAGCCAUUUUCAAACUUUGCUCAAACACUUCAGACUACACCAGUUUCCCUUUUUUUUUUUUUUUUUUUUUUUUUAAAAAAAAAUAAUAAUGUCUUCAAACACCAGGAACAAUACUUCUACAUGUUCACGCACCACCAGGCUAAUGACACGUCAACAGGCUGAGUCAGAGGCCCAAGAGGCAAGGCUUAGUCGAAGCCAAAAUCGUCUUCCUCUAGCGUCACUGUCUCUCAAUAUUAGAGCUCGAUUUGCUGGACCCAACCACCAGGAGAACGUGUCAAGAAUUAGAAUAAGAGUGCCCGAUUCCUUAUCUCCAGAACCGGAGCCCCAUACCCAUGCCUCUAAUACUUCAAGUGGAGAAUCAGUGAGGCGAGGAUCUGCUAGAGAGUCUCAUCAGACUAAUGCAGCAGGCUCUUCACGAGGGGUAUAUAAGGGAAAGCGUUCUAGAGAGGAUUAUUCAGGAUCUGUUGAGAGUUCUUCAUCUUCACCGUUUAACAAGAAGAGUAGAUUGUUGAAAGGACAAGAUUGUAAAUGUGCGAAUGAAUUUAAGCUAGUUUUGCAUUAUCUCCGAGGUGCAUAUAGCAGGAUUGAUAGUCUAGACGAGGUCAUUUUCGAGCAAGGAAAGACUAUAAAUGUUCUUUCAAUGAGGUUACAAGAAUUAGAAGCUAAGCAUGCCUCUGGGUCAAGUCCUUUGACUAAGAAUAAGGGGAAGGCAAAAAGCCGAGAAUAGCAGAAUGGUUUUUUAACCAAAACUUUGAUUGUAUGAUUCGAAUAAAGUAAAAAAAUAAGUGUAGGCUUCAGCUUAUUUGUGAAUGGACUUAGGAUUGAUGGUCUAGACAAGACCAUUCACGAGCAGAAAAAUAUUAUCAAUGCUCUUUUAGAGAGGAUACAAUGUUUAGAAGCUCAUCACACCUUGGGGUCAAGCUCUUCGACUCAUCAUAAUUUUUGAUUUACAGCGUUUUUAAUUGUUUUAUCCAUUUUAAAAUAAACUUUAUCGGUUUUUUUUUAAAAUUGUUCCAAUGAAUAAAAAAAUUUAUCCAAAGGUAAGUUAAAAAGUUGGCCGAAAAGGGUUGAGAAAUUUAUCCAAGUGUUUGCAAAUUUUGUC